GGCUAAAUUAGCCAUCUGCUGUCCUGCUGCUGCUGCUGCUGCUGCUUCCUUCGCUGUCAGCCAGAGGAGCAUCCAGUCAGGACAGUGGUUUCUAAACACAGCUGAACGGACUGAAGGGAACUGAAGUGAAUGAAUUUUUUAAAAACUUCCAAAAAAGAAAAAUAAAUUUGCCGCGGUGCUUGACUGAGUUAGGUUUAUUGGUAAUAUCUGCAACAGAAGAAAAACGUAAAAAAGGGAGGAAUUGUGACGAGGUCUAAAGGCAAACGGGGUGUGGACUUACAAGAACAAAUAAAAAGGAACAGAAGGAGGAGAAUAGAAGGAGAUGGAGACAGUCAGAGGAGGGAGGAUGAACCCCUCUCUGGAGUAAAUCUCUCUCAAUCUGAUCAGCGUGGAAGGAGGCGGACUAACCCUCUCAGUGAGUGGACACGAGGCUGAGGUUUUACUCAUUCAUUCGGAGAGGAAGGUCAAGCGCUUGAAGAUCCAGCCUGGAACAAACUGAUUCUCAGAAAAUUUCCCUGCUGAUGUUUUCUUUACAACAAAGAAGUCAAAACCAUCUUUCUUCUAACUGGCAUCACAAACUCUGAAGUAAAUUCAGGCUUUCGCUGGUGAAGUGUGAAUGGAGAUCAUGAGGAACCCUCUUCAGCUUCUCUUCUUAGUGUUUUCCAUUCUUAACCAUGCAUGUAUGGCUGCAGGAUCUGAGCACGACUAUGGAGCCCACCCACGCUUUAUUUGCACCCCACUUCCCGCGGAUGCCGAUCCUUCCUGUUUCUCCACCACAGGUCCUGGGGUCGGGGCACCCGGGCCCAAUGGACCGGGACAUCAAAACACACCUCCCAGCAGUUGGUGGGGGGUGAAUGAUGAAGCCAAAGCCACUAUCCUCCACCUCAGGGAGAGCCUUGUCCAACAGAAAGAGAUAAUCCUGGACCAGAGGGAGGCCAUCAGAGAACUGACAGCCAAGCUCAGCAUGUGUGAGGCCUUCGGCCGGGGCGUGUCACCGCACUCGCAUCACCCAGACAUGGCCCCUCACCACCCGCACACCGAUGAAGGACACUAUAGCAACCGGCUGGGUCACCAUGGUAACGGCAACCUCCAACCGGACUCACCAGUCUAUCCUUCCUCUGCGGGGGGCCAAAAAUCUGACAGAGGGCACGGCAAAGAAAAACACAUGACACCGGGGGACAGCACAUCAUCGAUGGAACAGAUGGAGGGGAUGCUGCUGGUGCUGAAGGAGAGACUGGACAACUUACAGAAAAGGAACUCCUCCACCGCAUACUCCAGCUCUCUGAGGGAGCUGCUGCAGCGGAAGAUCAGCACUCUGGAGGAGCAGCUGCACCACCACAACAACAACCCCGAACAUCACGACGAUGACGCCACUCACAGGGACCACGGUGAACAUCCCACCGACAACCACCACAACGAUGACCACAAGGGCGACGCUGGACACGAAGACACCGGAAACCACAUGGAUCAUCACGACGACGACCACCACGAUAAUCAGGAUUUAGACGGCGAGCACGACAAUCACCAUCAUGAUGAUGGGGAGGAUGCUGAUCACCACGACAAUGAGGCAGACAGUCAUGGCUACCUACCACACACAGGGUACAGUGUGCCGGGGCCUCGAACUGGCUCCCACUCCAACAAGCUGGAGACGAUGCUCAACCAGCUGCAGCUCACAGGUUCUGUAAGGAAGAACACCCAGAGCCUGGAUGCCUUCCAGAUCAGUUUCCCCAUGAGGACCAACUAUAUGCACGGACGCAUGAAGAGGACGCUGCUGCAGGAGAUCUUUGCUCUCACUCUGUGUCUUUGGAUGAAGGCUGGGGUGGGGCCCGGACUGGGAACGCCUUUUUCUUACUCUGCACCCGGACAGGCUAAUGAACUGGUGCUGAUCGAGUGGGGGAACAACCCCAUCGAGCUGCUUAUUGACGACAAGGCUGUGUCGCUGCCCUUAUCUCUAAGUGAUGGGAAGUGGCACCAUGUGUGUGUGACAUGGACUACAAGGGAUGGGCAGUGGGAGGCCUAUCAGGACGGAGUCCAGAAGGGAACUGGCACCAACCUCUCCCCUUGGCACCCUAUCAAACCUGGGGGGGUCUUCAUUCUGGGACAGGAGCAGGACACUCUGGGGGGUCGUUUCGAUGUCACCCAGUCAUACGUGGGGGAGAUGUCAGAGCUUCACAUGUGGUCCCGUGUCCUGAGUGCUGAUGACAUCUACAGCCUGGCGUCCUGCAGCAGCCACCUGCAAGGGGACGUCCUCGCUUGGUCUGAAACAGAGGUGGAGCUCCAUGGAGGCGUGGCCAGAUAUGCGUUUGACUCCUGUCAUUGAAGGUGUCACAUGUAGAACAAAGACUUGUUGAUAUGUAGAGACUGAAGAAGCAGCACAAUAAAACACACAUCUGCUGAUUUCCUGGAUGCAGAGUGUGUGCCUUCUUUUGAAGUGACUUUUCUGGACAUUAGUUUAAAAAACAGAGCUAAAAUGGUGAAGUUGAUCUGUUUUACAGAUGACGUGUGGGCUUUUAGAAGUCCUGAGUCUUAGAUACAGGCCAUUAAUGGGAUGUGUGAUUUGAAAGUGCUUUGUGUGACAUAUUGUCAUGCUGUUAAUGAGACUUGAGACUGUGGGAUACGUCCUAAAUUUAGCAGACCUAUAUGGGUUAUGACAGGGUGUAUGGAAUUGUUUUUUUUUACUUUUUCUGUUCAAAGGUUUCCAUGAAACAUACAGCUAAAUUUACCAAAGACUCUAGAGGAAGAAAUAUGUGUUUUUUCUUUGUUUUUGUUUGUGUGUUAAUGUCACAAACCUAUGUAGCGGGUCUUGAGCGAAAUGCUGAAGAUCCUGCUGAGCAGAACUUUCGCAGUGUGCUUUUAUUUGAUAGUUAUCAGUUUGUUCUUGCAACAGGACCCCUGGAAAAAAUAGUUUGUCAAAUGUUUAUACAGUAUUUUCAAGUUUGUUCAAUGUCUGUUUGUUUUUUAUGUGGUUUUAGUUACUGAAUAUCAUUUUGUGUAUUAUUCAUGUGAUAUUUGAAUCUCUAAAUUUGGCCUUGAUUGUGAACCACUACUAUACACUGGCAAGAAUGUAAUUUCCCCGUACCCUCACCUUCAUUGUUAUCAUUUUUUUAAGUUGUGUAAAUGUGAUUGUUAAGGUAAGGUAAGACUAGUUUGUUUGUAUAGUACAGUUUGUAUACGAAGGCAAUUCAAAGUGCUUUACUUAAAACAUUAAAAGAAAUAUUUAUUAGAAAUAUUAAAAGGUGAGAUCAUAAAAAUAAAAAACAUUAAAGAAAUUUGAAAGAAACAAAUUCAAAGUGAGCCUAAAGUAACAGUGCAAAUGUAAACUUUUGAAUAUAAACUAAGCAAAUGCUGAGACAGCUGAGGGACUUUAACCUAGAUUUACAUAAACUAAAAAUAAAAUGCUUCGGCUGAUCUAAGGCUUUCUGGAAGAUUGUUCCAGAUCUGUGGAGCAUAGAAGCUGAAUGCAGCUUCUCCGUGUUUGUUUUGACUCUAGAACCUGACAAAAGACUGGAUCCAGAUGACUGGAGAGGCCAGGCUGGUACAUACGGGGUCAGGAGGUCAAUCAUGUAUUUUGGUGCUAAACCUUUUAAAACUUUAUAAACCAGCAACACAACUUUAAAGUCUAUCCUCUGGCAGACAGGCAGCCCAUGUAAAGCCCUCAGAACUGGACUGAUGUGGUCUACUUCUCUGGUCCUGGUUCUGAAUAAGCUGUAGUUUCCUGGUUGGUGGUUUUCAGAUGACUAGAUCGAAGGUGCAUGUUAUGUUUUUUUUUAAAAUCCAGACUUAGAUAUAGAUAAAUUAUAUAACUAACAGUUGAUCCAUUUAUUGACCUCACUGUCUCAGCCAGCAAGUUCUUAAACGUUCUAUAUUGUUGCCUCACUCCCAACAGACAUUUCUGGCACUCAGAUCUAAUAAUAAAAUAUUAAUGGGAACCAGGCAUGAAAAAUAAACUCAUGUACUUUUUUCAUCAAAUGUCCUCAGUGCACUGAAAUAGGAUGGGACCUUUUUGUGUAACAUGAAGUUUACAAAAACUUUGUGGCAUUACCAUAUUGUCGGCUGCAUACACUGCAAAACAGUGUUGAACUCUCAUGCCCUGCAUUAUUUUCUUUUCUUUGAAUACAUUUACAAUUUUAGUCUCUUUAUUUUAUCAAAUUAUCAAAGAAAUACAUACUUUUUGAACUUAAAAUAUUAGGUGUUUUCAUAACACAAUAGUAUUAAUGUGUGGUCCAUACAUUUGAACAUUUUUGAACAGUUUACUCAGCUUGUUCUUUAAUUUGUUUAAUGAAUAUCACCUGGUUUUAGUAGCCAGUAUUGCAGGAUGUUGGUCUCUGCAGGUGUGGCUGAGGUUCUGCUCCUGGAGUUCUGCUCUGAGGCCAAAAGAGGCAACCCAGAAGGCAAAACCUCUAAAUACCUCAGUGCAGGUACUUGGGCAGGUGCCAUCUAACCAAGUUUCCUAGGGGACAAACUAUAAACUAAUUAAACCGUCAAUUUUCUUUAGUUCAGUUGGCUUGUUAAAGAUUUAUGUUCAUCUUUUUUGUGUAAUAUUUGUUUCUUUUCAUUGAAUGACAAACAAAGGAUACUUUAGUCUUGUGUGUGGUCUUUCUCAAACGUUUGACCCCCCCCCACGUCCCCUCCAUAUAUGUACUCCUGAUGUCUUUUUAUCAGGUCCGUUUGUUAGAUGGUUUCUUCAGUUGGUAAAGUCUGGUUGAUUACUAGAGUUGAUUCUGUUUGAUUAACCCAUCUGGAAAAAAAGUUUGUAUAUUUUCUUUUUUUUUUAAUAAAACCUUUGUUUUUGAUCAAAUUUUCCGUUGUCCUCAUUUGGCUGUUCGUCCUUCACAACCAUUAACAGAUAUUAAAGCAACGAAAGGGGCGAGUAUAUAUAUUCUACU